AUGCGUCCAAUCAGUAUCCAAAACAAACACAAGCGUCUGUCCUCAGCAUUGCGCAUGCUCUACACAAGUUUCUGCAGAGCCUUGAUCGCAAAACAGUCUGCUUCUGCCCAAGCCAUGUUCUCUACUUCCAUCUUCGUCGUCGAGGCUGAUCUCCGCGACAAGCCUGCCACUCACGACAGCAGUAGCAACAGAAGCAACAGCAACAGUAACAACAUCGACACCGAGGCUAUGCCUCCCACUCCCAGCACCAAGAACAACAAGGCUCCUGUCAAGACCACUUCUUCUCAUUGUUUCCUGUCUGCUCCCAUUCCCAAGCCUGAGCCUGUCCCUGAGCCUCCCACUUCUGAGACCGUCGACGAUGCUCUCGGUCCUAAGCCUGAGCCUAUCUCUCGCCCUCCUACCCCUCCUGUCUCCUGGAAGGUACUUUGGGCUUCCUUGAGUGCUCCCACCAAUCCUGCUGUCUAA